UUCGAUUUAAUCACAACAAAAAAUUGAUACAAAUCCAGAGUCCGAGUUCUGAAUUAAAAUAGUGAAUUGAACUUAAAAGUACUGGGUAAAACGAUGCUGGGCUCCCUUCCCAAGGCCGGGCUGCAGAGCAUGGUCUGCCAGUCGAUCCUGGUCCUGAUUUGUCUUGUGUGCUACGGCUGCGGCGGCCUCCGUGGGGCUACGUUUGUCUUCGACGACACGGUGGCCAUCGUCAAGAACCGGGAUGUCAGCGUACUGCCCACCAACUGGACGGCGAUUUUCACGCACGAUUUCUGGGGGGCCUCCCUGGUCAGCGCAGACUCGCACAAGUCGUUCCGGCCGCUGACCACCCUGAUGUUCCACUGCGAAUACGCUCUGCUAGGCCUGAGCGCAGCUCACAUGAAGUUCCUCAACCUCCUGCUGCACUGCGUCAACACGCUGCUCAUGUGGCGUCUGGUGCGAUCGCUGUAUGUGACGGAGAUCAACACGGAGCGAUGGGCCACCAUUUCGGCGGCGCUGUUUGCUGCCCACCCAAUCCACACGGAGGCGGUCUCCGGAGUUGUGGGACGAGCUGAGCUUAUGUUCGGAAUGAUUCACCUGCUCUGCCUGCUGCUGACCGUGGCCAACACCGGAAAGCGCAGCUCACAGACCGUUGGCCUUGUCCUGAUCCUCACCUCGGUGGGCAUACUCUUCAAGGAAUCAGCAGUGACUAUUCCAAUGUCGUGUGUGCUGCUGGAUUACUUUCAAAAUGGCUACUACCUGCUAUCGUACCGGGAUCAGUGGAAUCUGGUGCGCUCCCGGGUGAGCUACGUCGUCUACUUAGUGGGCACUUCGGCUCUGCUAACCACCCGCUUGUGGUGGCAGGACUUUGAGCAGCCAACGUUCAAGGAAGUGGACAACCCAGUGGCCCACAACGAGCACGUUUUGACCCGCGGACUGUCACAGCAGUUCUUGUUGGUCAUGAACAUCUGGCUGAUGCUCUGCCCCCACUGGCUGUGCUACGACUGGGCUCUGGGAUGUGUGAAGCUGGUGACCAGCAUUUGGGACCUGCGGCUGCAGGGCGUCAUCGGAUUCUACUCCAUUGUGCUGGUGGCUCUGAAGAACUUCCGACGCCUGCCCGGCAUGAUGCUGGCUCUGGGGCUGAUGGUAGUUCCCUUCCUGCCGGCUUCGGGCAUUAUCAGUGUUGGAUUCGUAAUCGCGGAGCGGACUCUUUAUGUUCCAUCCAUCGGCUUCUGCCUGCUGUCCAUCUACGGGUUUCUCUACUGGUAUGACAGCAGUUCGGGCCGAGCUUAUUGGCGCCUCUGCCUGCAGGUUCUCCUGAUGGUUCUCCUCAGUGUAAUGAUGCUGCGCACACGGCAACGGGCCACAGACUGGCUAAACGAGGAGCAGCUGUUCAAGUCCGGCCUGCAAGUGUGUCCGGACAACGCCAAGGUGCACUACAACAUCGCUCGCUUGGCCACCGAUACGGGAAACAAUACCAAGGCGUUCCAGCACUAUCACAAGGCCAUUGAGCUGUAUCCCGGCUAUGAGUCCGCUUUGAUGAACCUCGGGAACCUGUAUCGGGAGCAUGGUCAGCUGGCCACCGCAGAGGAGUACAUCCGACUGGCUUUGCAGGUGUAUCCCGCCUUUCCGGCGGCCUGGAUGAAUCUGGGCAUUGUGCAAUCCGCUCAAAAGAAAUACGCCCAGGCGCUGGCCAGCUACGAGAAGGCACUGAAGCACAGGGCCAACUUCGCCGUGUGCUACUACAACAUGGGGAAUCUGUAUCUGGAACAGAAGCUCUACUCCGAGGCCCUGCACCAUUGGCAGCAUGCAGUGGGCCUGAAUCCCCGGCAGCCGAAGGCCUGGGCCAACAUCCUCACUAUGCUGGACAAUAGGGGCCUUCAUGAAGAUGCCCUGCGCCUCUCGGAUCAGGCUCUGCUGCACUUGCCCAACGAGGUCAGCAUCCUGUUCAUUCGGGCCAAUGUUCUGGGCAAGAUGAAGCACUACGUUGAAGCGGAGGCGAUUUACAAGCGAGUCAUUGAGCUGGAGCCCCACAACAUGCUCUAUCACACGAACCUCGGAGUCCUCUAUCACCGCUGGGACAAGAGCCAGGAGGCCAUCGAGGCGUAUCGAAUGGCGAUAAGCAUUAAUUCGGGUAGAGCAACGACAGCGCGGGAGAAUCUGAACAAGCUGCUGAAACGCCUGGAAAGGGAGGCAAAGGUCGUCAUUGAAAGGUAAGCGAUUGCAUCUCAAUCCCACCGCAGCUCGUCCGAGUUUGAAAGCAAUUUGUAGUUGAUUGUCUAAGAACCUUGCACCUUAACAAAAAAGAAUAUUUUCUACUCAAGUCCAAAUGGGUGUAAAAACAGAGAGUUCUGUUAAUAACCAAAAAGGUUGUGUGCUGAGUCACUAGUCGCAAUAACCAAUAGUCCAUGUACUUACUCAUUGGUGUCCCUGAAACUAGAAUAAACCAUACCUAAGUGAAUGUCCAUCUCAAAUCCCAGUAUUUCCUAUAUAUAACACAGGUCGACAGCUUUUUGCAACCAAGAUCCGGAAUAGACUUUUCCUAUAGUUUUUUGAUGCGCUGGACUUCAGGUCCACGUCUCAGAAAAUUUUCAACACUUUAGGUUUUUAAAAUAUUUGAACAUAAAAACUAUUGAAGCUACAGAACCUCAAAAGAACCGAAAAAAUGGAACAUCUCAAAAACCUUACAUAUAGGAAACGUUCCGGGACUAGAUUUAAGUUCUACUCAUCAAAAACUAUCGGAAAAGUAUAUUCCGGUUCAUGGUUCUACGAUAUUUUCAAUAUUUGCCGGCCUGUUUAGUUUUUAUAAGUAAAAUUACGUUUAGGAUAAUUAAUUUAUUUAUUAAUUUACGAGGGUAUUAUAUACAAUUAAUGUUACAACUAAUUAAUGAUCGAACAACUAAGAGACGACUUACAUAAAUUAGCUAGAACGUAAGAACUACAUGAAAUACUUUAGAGAAUAGCGCAAUGGUUGCGCCCGUGUAAAAUGAUUAUUCAAUUCCAUUAAAGAUUCAUGUUUUAAAAUAA